UCCUUGUCAUUGAUAUGCGCUUUGAGAGUGGGGGGGGAAAAAAGUGUUGCCGUGCAACAUUUAGCUUAGACCUUACCAGAAGUUUAUCCAACAAAUAGUCUGUUGUCGGAACCUCCGGACCUUGGCUGUCAACGUCAAGCUUCCACCCGCUAGGAUGACAGAGCUGCGGCAUCGAGGAGCCAAAGAAGGCGAGUCUCCGUUAGAGCAGCAGCCAUCAGAGGACAAGGGCUCAGACAGCGAACUGAAAGCAGACAAAGAUGGCGUCUCCGACGAGUCCAAGGUGGACUCGGGAGUCCCCGAGGUGCCGGUUCCUCCUGACGACACCCCCGAAGUUCUCAACAAGGCCUUGUCUGGACUCUCCUCAAGAUGGAAGAACUGGUGGGUACGAGGCAUCCUAACACUAGCCAUGAUCUCCUUCUUCUUCUUUAUCAUCUACCUGGGCCCCAUGGUGCUCAUGAUGAUUGUCCUCUGCGUUCAGAUCAAGUGUUUCCAUGAAAUCAUCACGAUUGGGUACAACGUGUACCACUCCUACGACCUGCCCUGGUUCCGGACGCUGAGCUGGUACUUCCUGCUGUGCGUGAACUACUUCUUCUAUGGCGAGACAGUGACCGAUUACUUCUUCACACUGGUGCAGAGAGAGGAGCCUCUUCGCAUCCUCAGCAAAUACCACCGCUUCAUCUCCUUCGCACUCUACCUCACAGGUUUCUGCAUGUUCGUGCUGAGCUUGGUGAAGAAACAUUACCGCCUUCAGUUCUACAUGUUUGGCUGGACCCAUGUGACUCUGCUGAUCGUAGUGACCCAGUCCCACCUCAUCAUCCACAACCUGUUCGAGGGGAUGAUCUGGUUCAUCGUUCCCAUUUCCUGUGUGAUCUGCAACGACAUCAUGGCCUACAUGUUUGGUUUCUUCUUCGGCCGAACACCGCUCAUUAAGCUGUCGCCUAAGAAGACCUGGGAGGGAUUUAUUGGUGGAUUAUUCGCCACUAUUGUGUUUGGUAUCAUGCUCUCCUACGUCAUGGCUGGAUACCGCUACUUUGUUUGUCCUGUGGAGUUCAACAACGACUCCAACCGUUUCCAGGUGGACUGUGAGCCAUCAGAGCUGUUUCAGCUGCAGGAAUACAGCCUGCCAGGAGUCCUGGAGUCUGUCACCGGAUGGACCACCGUGCAUCUGUAUCCGUUCCAGAUCCACAGCAUCGCUCUCUCCUCCUUCGCCUCCAUUGUGGGGCCCUUCGGUGGCUUCUUCGCCAGCGGCUUCAAGAGAGCAUUUAAGAUCAAGGACUUUGCCAACACCAUACCGGGUCACGGAGGCAUUAUGGACAGAUUUGACUGCCAGUACAUAAUGGCCACAUUCGUCAAUGUCUACAUUGCCAGCUUCAUCAGGGGCCCCAACCCCAGUAAGGUGGUCCAACAGCUCCUGGCCCUGCGGUCCGACCAGCAGCUCUAUAUCUUCAACUCCCUGAAGGCUCAUCUGACGGAGAAGGGUCUGCUGCGGGCUGCCGAGGCGGCCGCCUAGCCCGGCGGCGCCCUCAGAGAACCCGUGUUUAUUUGUGAGCGAGGACACAUCAAUGAAAACCGAGAAAAAGGAAAAAAAAAAAAAAACAUUCAGCUUUUGCCAUUCCAUUUUAUUUUGGGUUGGAGCGUUGUGUUUCUGUGCUUGUCUGCUCUGUGGAUCAUCAUUCUGACGGCAGUGUUUUCAGCUUCGGUUAAAGUCCAGCCCCUCAUUAUCUGUGUAGCUGAUUAUAUUUAGGUUGUUUUUUUUUUUAAAUCAACACUGUUGGUCAGACGUACAUUUCUGCCUUGUUUACACAAUAUUCCUCGAUACUAUCGGCUCACGUGUGUUAAUAUUUUAUCGUACGUCUUUUUUUAAUCUAAAGCAGUGCUCUAAACCCCGUUAACACUGUAAUGUUACUGCAGCGUCACCMUCCCACCUAUGUCUAGCUACAUUUUCUUUUGAUUGUGAUUGUUACUAUUUAUACAGAGACGGUUUUUAUAUUUCAGAUGUUCUAUUGUGUCUUAAUGUCUGUUUUAUUCAGGCAGUUGUGUGCAUUUUUGUGUCUUUUUGUUAUGUCGUUUUGUUUCAGUUGAGUCAUUUCCAAGCCUUUCACGCUUGGCCAAAUCAUUAUCACAUCAUCAUGUAGACAUUUGAAUUCCAACCAAACCUUUCAGUCACGUAAAUUUCUAAAGCAACUGUGCUUUCUAAAACAAUCUCUCUGUAUGCUAGCGACCUCACUCUCACCUGUUUGCUAGCUUUCAUUAGUUUUUUUUAAACUCUCCCACGGUCUUGGCGUGACGCUCAGGAGGAGCGUGGCAGAUGUCACGGUCGGACAGUGGGGAGGAUGGUUAUUUCCUGACACGCACACAAGCAAGCAAACCUCGUGAAAGCGCACGUGGAGCACCGUUCAGGACCGUGCGCUUGGUAAAAGGCCCGUGGGGUAAAAAUAACACCUCAUCUAGUGUUUUUUUUUUUCUUCCUUUGUGCAGCCAACUUCCUCUUUGAAGGUUGUUUUUUAUUUCACCUCUUGAAUGCUAUGGCGGUUGGGAUAGUAAAAAUUUUGGGGGCACAAUGAUUCCUGCACUGCCAUUUCUGAUCCUGUGUGUCGUUCGGCAGCGUCACAGCAGAGACGCUCUGUUCACAAAGUUCAUACACUGAACCUCAGUAAGGAUGUUAGCAUGUUGGGCUAAGGCACAUCUGCUAACUUUGCACCUUGCCAAUACUGUAUGUGUUCAUUCAUUCCUCUAGGUUUAUUAGUCAUUUUAUGUGCUAUUUAUGCCAAGUGUGAUUUGAUAGUAAAGCAUAAGCUCCUGUGGUGUUUGGUUUCUUUAGAGGUAGCAUGUCUGGACACUUUAAUAGACACGCCAGCAGGUGUUUAGGUUAGCAUGCCCUACAGAAACGGCAACACGUGUUCACUGAUAUGGCUUUUUUUCUUUAGCUAAUGCUGAUAUUCCACAUGAUUUAUUUAUGCUUUCCUAGAUAUAAUUUGUUCUAACCUGAGCUCAGAAUUUUAAAAAUGUCUGACACAUCUGUACUGAGUUAGGCCCAAUCCACUGCUGGUCAGGCCGAUAUUUGCCACAGCCGACGGAUUUAUUGGCUUUCUUGUGCGGUCUGGAAUUUAUUAAAACAUCUGUAUUAAUUUAGCUCUUUUACUGAUGUUCCACCUCGAUUAUUUUUAUUUGCUUAACUAGGAUCCAAUUUUUGGAGGGUAGAAACAUUUAUAGACUCGCAGAGAUAUUUCCUGUCGUAACUAAUUCAACGGCACACACAACGCUGAUCGCCCUUUGGGUUUAUCUGUAGGUGUUUUAAGUAUUUCACUCUUCUACAUUUUAUACAAGCACCUUGUGCGACCAUUUUUGAAGCAUCGGCUUAAUUAUCUCUUUUUUUUUCUCUUGCUUUAUUCUGGUAGCGACUUUCCUAAGUUGAUUACUUCUUUUUUUAUCAUUUGGCAUUAGAAUUUUGCCAAACUUCUAUGAGUAUGAGUAUAAAACAUUAGACACGUUAAGACAAUAUUUGCUGUUUUUUAAAUAUGUCCCUACAUUAUCCGCCGAAUGCUAAUUUGUAGCCACCAUGUGUUUCUUUUGUUUUUUUUUGUAUUAGGAAUCUAAGGCAGCAUGACGUUACGAAAACGUGCAAUCCAAGUAUUAUUGUACAGGAUUGCAGCAUUGAAACUCGCAUUUACUGUUGGUUUCCUUUAAAACAUUGAAAUGUCUCAGAUCCAUUUGAAUUUCUUUCACUAAAAUCUGUACCAGGUGUGGGUAUCAAGGGCAGCAAAGCAUUUUCUUUUUUCCCAUGAUGAAGCAUUAAUGCCUGGUAACAGAAAUGCAAUACUGUACCAAAUAUUACAUCCACGCAGUCUUUUGUGAUUAUGGAAUUACACGACUAACGUGAUUCAAUAUAUUGUGCAGCUCCACUAGAGUAUACCAAAAUAUUCCUGUUACUGUUGGUGUUUUUUUUUUUUUUCCGAAAUAUCUUUUAGAACGUGAAAUAUAAGAUUACUCAGAAGAAGAAAUUUAGUUUUCAGUUUUUUUCCAUCCUUCUCUAAAGACGUCCAUUAUUGGAAAUAAUUCAUUGCAGAAUUCAAACUAACAUCUUGUAAGAUUAUGUGUUUCUAUAGUUAAAAUCUGAUUAGCAAUCUAAGUAAAUUCUUUUGCACUGAUGGUGUUUUAGAUAACGAUUUUGUUCAAAGGACCCUUUAGUAUUUCUAACUAAAACCAGAUGACUUCUGUUAGUACGAUGGAAUAAAACCAAUAUUUGUAACAAACUGCAUUUGGUGUAGUAGCAGAAAAGGAAAAGGGCGGUAAAUAGUGGCUUCUUUUAAACGUGUUCCUGGUGUUUAUGUUCAUUUUAUAUACCAUCUUCUCGUUUUUUUUUCAAGCAUAUCACCCAGACGUCACUUUUCCCCGGUGUUUGAAUUUAAUUCUAUGAUUAUUUAUUGACGUCAUUCGAAACGUCAUCUUUCUCAAGUUAUUUAUUAACUCUCUAACUCUGCUGUAAUUUUAAAAUAUAUGUUGGUGUUCUUUUAGUAGUUUUUUGUCGUCAGGCAAAAAAAAACCCCAAAAAGAAAAACAUUAUCGCCAUGUGCGAAAAAAAAAAAAAAAGUGUAAAAGUAGCUGAAGAGUUUCUUCGCUGUUGCCGUGGUUGCUGUUGCUAGGCUCCUGUCCUGUUCGGUGUCGUGCCUCAGCUCGGGUGCUCGUUGCUUAUGAUUUACGUAGUCUCCCCCUUAAACAUUAUGGCAACAGAAGCCGCAAAAGUAGUUACAUUUUUACAAAAUUUUAAUUUUCGGUUCAGCAGCUCAGCACUGCCCUUCCACUUACCUGCCACCAGAGGGAGCCAGAGCUCCUGUUUUCGGCCUGUUGAUUAUGACCUUAAGGCUGUUCAUAAAUGGAGAUAUUUGGCCAUUUGUUACUUCUGCUUAGAACAAUCCGCUGCCCUUUUAUGAAAAAGUUAGUUUACUAGAUAAACUUUUUC